AAGGAAAACCCAUCCAAUCCAAAUCCAAAACCCGUCUGCAAGGGUCGCAUCCCACAGAGUCCUUCUCACGAGGGCCUCGCCGCAAAUUUCCUCCUUCCUCCCUCCCUCGUCGUCUCCGUUCCCCUUCGGCGAUGGCCGCCGACACCAACCACAAGAAGGUCGUGGUGAACUUCCAGUCGGUCGCCAACGCGCCGAAGCUGCGGCAGUCCAAGUUCAAGAUUGGUGGAAAUGAGAAAUUUGCGAGGGUGAUUGAAUUUCUUCGCCGCCAAAUUCACCAGGACACAGUGUUUCUCUAUGUGAAUAGUGCAUUUUCGCCGAAUCCAGAUGAGUUGAUAUCUGAUUUAUACAAUAACUUUGGAAUCGAUGGGCAGCUGGUGGUCAAUUACGCAUCAUCCAUGGCAUGGGGGUAAAAGGUGAACUUGCUGAAAAUCUGCUUGAGCAAGCAUAGGAAACCCUUUCGUUUCCAAAAUUAACUUUUCACGGCACUGUUAAUGGAUGUAAAGCACUCCAAAUUGAGUUUCAAAAGGAAGCUCUUUCGUUCACGUGAUAUUCAGCAUAAUGGCAAAAGCAAGAUCGUUUUCCACAUUCUUUCCAUCUGCAAUUAAAACCCAAGACGUCUUUUCUUCCUGGUAGAGACAAUGCUCUGCUCUUCUACGGCUGCCAUUGCUGGAAACGAAUUAAAUUGUUUUGUCUGUAGCGAGAUGCUUACUUGAA